AUGCAUACAUAUCUCCUCAUGCAAACCCAGCUCCCUUUAUAUCAUUCCCUCCUUAGCCGUGGAUUCCCACCAACACUCCUCUCAUUUAUAUACCCUUUAACACCCCCGCCCCCGCUCUCUCCCAUACAAACCAAAGGAAAGAAAGACAAACAAUUCAUCAUCAUCAACUAUAGCAGCAGCAGCAGCAGCAAAAUCUUUUGCGCCAUGAAAACUCUUUACUUGCUUCUCUUUUUUAUCUCCUUUCUCUUCUUCUUCUCCUCCGAACUCUCCCUUCGUGCGGCUGCGGUCAUCGACACGCAGUCAGGCUUUCUUUCUCUGAUGAAGAACUCCCUCGCUGGCCAGUUGAGGACCCGUUGGGACUCCGCGGCCGGCCCUGCUGCCUACUGCAACUUCUCGGGGAUCUCGUGCGAUGCCGACGGCAAUGUCGUAGUCAUCGACGUGUCGUUGUGGUCGCUCGCCGGGCCGUUUCCGCCCGGCAUCUGCACCGCCCUGCCGUACCUCCGCACCCUCCGCCUAGCCGGCAACAACGUCCAGGGCGGCUUCCCUCACGACUUGCUCAACUGUUCCUUCUUGGAAGAACUCGACCUCAGCUCGACCGCCCUCACCGGCCCCGUCCCCGACCUCUCCCCGCUUCAGUCCCUCCGCCGCCUCGAUCUCUCUGAAAACGCCUUCUCCGGGUGGUUCCCGACCUCCGUCGCGAACCUCACGAAUCUCGAGUUCAUCAACUUCAACGAGAUUCCCGGUUUCGAGAUAUGGCGGCUCCCGGAGUCGAUCGCCGGGCUGACGAAGCUCCGCGUGCUGAUCCUGUCGACGAGCUCGAUGCGGGGGGAGAUCCCGCCAUGGCUCGGGAACAUGACGUCGCUCACCGACCUCGAACUCAGUGCCAACUUCCUCGUCGGGCAGAUUCCGGCAACCCUAGGGAGUCUCUACAACCUGCAGCUAUUGGAGCUCUACUACAACCAGCUGGAGGGUGAGAUUCCGAGAGAGCUCGGAAACUUGACUCUGUUGACCGACAUCGACUUGUCCGAGAACCGGUUGACUGGCGAGAUCCCCGUGGAGCUCUGUGGCCUCCCCCGCCUUCACGUGCUGCAGAUGUACACGAACAGGCUCACCGGCCGGAUCCCUGCAGUUCUGGGCAACUCCACGCAGCUCGUCAUCCUAUCCGUCUACCGGAACCUGCUCUCUGGAGAAUUGCCCCCCGAUCUCGGCCGCUACUCCAAUCUCAUCGUUGUCGAGUUGUCGGAGAACCUCUUCUCCGGCCCGCUGCCUCGGUAUUCAUGCGCGGCGGGGAAGCUCCUAUACUUCCUGGUGUUGAGCAACCUCUUCACUGGCGAGCUCCCGGCGGAAUACGCGGCAUGCACAGGCCUGCUCCGGUUCAGGAUGAGCAACAACCGGCUGAGCGGCCCGAUUCCGCAGGGGAUCUUCGCGCUCCCGCACGCGACAAUCAUCGACCUUUCCAACAACAGCUUCGAAGGCACGAUCCCGCGAUCUGUCGGCGAGGCCAAGAAUCUGUCUUCCUUGUUCUUGUCCAACAAUCAGAUCUCCGGCAAUUUGCCGCCGGAGAUCUCAUGGGACACAAACUUGGUUAAGAUUGAUCUCAGCAACAACCUCCUAACAGGUCCAAUUCCCUCCGAAUUUGGAAAUUUGACUAAGCUGAAUCAACUCUCGUUGCAGGGGAACAAGCUGAAUUCAUCAAUACCACAGUCACUCUCCUCACUCAAAUCCCUCAAUGUUUUGAACCUCUCCAAUAACCUUUUGACAGGGGAAAUCCCUGAUAGCCUCUGCACUUUGCUACCAAAUUCCCUAGAUUUCUCAAACAACAACCUUUCCGGGCCGGUGCCGCUCCCUCUGAUCAAAGAAGGUCUUCUCGACAGCGUCGCGGGGAACCCGAACCUCUGCGUCGCUUUCCGACUCAACCUAACGGAUCGGAUCUUCCCCCUUUGCCCCAAACCCAGCUUCCGGAACAGUCUCAACGACAUCUGGAUCAUUGGUGUUUGUGUGAUCCUGUGCAUUCUCGGACUUCUUUUGUUCCUGCAGCGCUGGUUUAGUCGGAAGAAUCCGGUCAUAGAGCAAGAGGGGAUCUCGUCUUUGUCGUCCUUUUCGUACGACGUCACGAGCUUCCACAGGCUAAGCUUCGAUCAGCACGAGAUCAUAGAGGCGCUGAUCGAUAAGAACAUCGUGGGCCACGGCGGUUCGGGAACGGUGUACAAGAUCAAGCUGAGCAACGGCGAGUGCGUCGCGGUCAAGAAGCUCUGGACGAGAAAAACAAAGGACAGAUCGAAUUCUGCGCAGUUAAUCUUGGACAGGGAGCUCCGCACCGAGGUCGAGACCAUGGAGAGUAUAAGGCACAAGAACAUUGUGAAGCUCUAUUGUUGCUUCUCAAGCAUGGAUAGCAACCUACUAGUGUAUGAGUACAUGCCCAAUGGAAACCUCUGGGAUGCUCUUCACAAGGGGUGCAGCACCUUGGAUUGGCCUAAGCGGCAUCGGAUCGCGCUCGGGAUCGCGCAAGGGUUAGCGUACCUGCACCAUGAUCUCUUGUUCCCGAUCGUUCAUCGCGAUAUCAAGACCUCGAACAUACUCCUCGAUGCGGAGUUCGAACCUAAGGUUGCUGAUUUCGGCAUUGCAAAGAUGUUGCAAACUAGAGGAGAUCACGAUUCUUCCACUACUAUUAUAGCCGGCACCUACGGUUAUCUCGCACCAGAGUACGCGUAUUCCUCGAAAGCCACGACGAAAUGCGACGUCUAUAGCUUCGGUGUGGUGCUGAUGGAGCUGGUCACGGGUAAAAAGCCGAACGAACCGGAAUUCGGGGACAAUCGCGAUAUAACCCAAUGGGUUACGAGCAAAAUCGGGGCCAAGGAAGGCGCGGUGGAGGUUCUGGACAAAAGGAUUUCAUGGAGCCCGUUCAAGGAAGAAAUGACCCAAGUGUUACGCAUCGCCCUCCGCUGCGCCUGCAGCAUCCCAAACUUGCGUCCGACCAUGAACGAAGUCGUCCAACUCCUGAUCGAAGCUGACCGGUGGAAGUCCGAUGCGAACAGCUCAUAAUCCUCAAUAAGAACCAAAUUGAGGGACAGAAGGGGUUCAGUACGUAGGGGUUUAAGAAAAGUUAAUAUAUGAAUUUAGUAUAAUCUUAUUCUUAGCUACAUGAGGUUAUACGAUAAAGUUCUAUCUCUGCGGAGAGCAUUUGAUCGUGAAAUGUUCUCUUUUACUCCAUAUAUUUGUGUCAUUUUCGUUCCUUUUUGUCUUCGGCAAAAGGAUUUUGCUGAAUCUAGCUAUCAUAUACAAUGCUUUGUAUUCACGCAGCAUCUAAUACCUUCAGUGGGCCUACUUUUACAUAAUAAUAUUCAUAUUCUCCUCCUUUUGGGUAU